AUUUUCCUCAGGGUUUGGAUAAACGAUGAAAGCAAUGCUAUUAAUUAGACGCUAAUGCCCUGUUGUGUAUUUGUGGCAGACAAACAAAGCAGGUGUUGAAACUGCUUAAUAAAAGUUCAUAUUGGCGUCUCCACGCCAAAAAGCUCCCCCGUUCGCGCUUUGAUCGCAGUUGUAGUUGAGAGUGACUGAUGUCUCCCACCAUUGCGCGCCGUGGAGAGACGAUCAUUGAGUCCGGCCGCAUAAUAAUGGCACCGCUGACAGGGGACCUCUCGUUCCCGUCGUCGUCCCUGGCUACUACCUGAGCUGCACCUGUGGGGCUUCAUGCUACCUUUGUCAUUUGCACACACGCGACACGAGCUCCAGACACGCACGGGCGCGCGCCUCACGUGCACUCUCCGCCGACUGGGGGAUCGCAUUGUGCUGAGCUGAGCAGAUAGACGCUCGUUCGUACAGGUCCAGCGCCUUCAAUGGGAACACCCUACACGUUUGGACGACUUGCACCAUCUCUUCGGUAACUUUGAUGGGGACUUCGACAUUAGGCAGAGAAAAUGCCUGUGAUGAAAGGAUUAUUAGCGCCACAGAACACGUUUCUGGAUACUAUAGCCACACGGUUUGAUGGCACACACAGCAACUUCAUCCUGGCCAACGCUCAGGUGUCCAAGGGGUUCCCCAUCGUCUACUGCUCCGAUGGCUUCUGCGAGCUCACGGGCUUCUCGCGGGCGGAGGUCAUGCAGAAGAGCUGCGCCUGCAAGUUCCUGUACGGGCCCGAGUCCAGCGAGAGCGUCAUCCUCAGCAUCGACGACGCCCUGGAGGAGCGCAAGGAGUUCAAGGACGAGAUCAUGUUCUGCAAGAAGACAGCUGAACCGUUCUGGUGCCUGCUGGACAUCGUGCCAAUUAAGAAUGAGAAAGGAGACGUGGUGCUCUUUCUGGCUUCAUUUAAGGAUAUUACUGACACUAAAGCCAAAGCCAUCCAAGAGGACAAGAAGGAAGAGCGGCGGCGCAGCAGGGUGAAACCGGGCUCUCCGUUCAGCUCGGCCCGGCUGCGGAGCAGCACGGUGCUCUACCACAUCUCCGGCCACCUCCACAGCCGCGAGAAGAGCAAGAUCAAACUCAACAAGAACGUGUUUGGAGACCCGCCGGCGCUGCCAGAGUACAAGGUCGCAGACGCCAAGAAGUCCAAGUUCAUCCUGCUGCACUACAGCGCGUUCAAGGCCGGCUGGGACUGGCUCAUCCUGCUGGCCACGUUCUACGUGGCCGUGACCGUGCCCUACAACGUGUGCUUCAUCGGCGACGACGACGACCUGACCCGCAGCACCACCGUCAGCGACAUCGCCGUGGAGAUACUCUUCAUCAUAGACAUUGUUUUCAACUUUCGCACCACGUACGUCAGCAAAUCGGGCCAGGUGAUUUUCGACGCGCGGCAGAUCUGCUUCCACUACCUGACCACGUGGUUCAUCAUCGACCUGGUUGCUGCGCUGCCCUUUGACCUGCUUUAUGCCUUCAAAGUCAGCGUGGUGUCCGUGGUCCACCUGUUAAAAACUGUGCGCCUGCUCCGCUUGCUGCGGCUCCUCCAGAAGAUGGACCGCUACUCGCAGCACAGCACGGUGGUGCUCACCCUGCUGAUGUCCAUGUUCGCCCUGCUGGCCCACUGGAUGGCCUGCAUCUGGUACAUCAUCGGCAAGAUGGAGAUGGAGGCCAAUGCCUACAACUGGGACAUUGGGUGGCUCCACGAGCUUGGGAAGCGCUUGGAGUCGCCGUACUUCGGCUUGGGAGGCGGGAACGGCACCAGCAGCAACCUGUCCAUCCGCAGCAUGUACAUCGCGUCGCUCUACUUCACCCUCAGCAGCCUGACCAGCGUGGGCUUCGGCAACGUGUCGGCCAACACCGACGCAGAGAAGAUCUUCUCCAUCUGCGUCAUGCUUAUCGGAGCGCUGAUGCAUGCCUUGGUCUUUGGUAAUGUGACAGCCAUUAUCCAGAGGAUGUACUCGCGCUGGUCCCAGUACCACACCAGAACCAAAGACCUCAAGGACUUCAUACGUGUCCAUCACCUGCCACAGAGCCUCAAGCAGCGCAUGUUGGAGUAUUUUCAGACAACUUGGUCGGUCAACAAUGGCAUUGACUGCAAUGAGCUGCUGAAGGACUUCCCGGACGAGCUGCGGUCCGACAUCACCAUGCACCUUAACAAGGAGAUCCUGGAGCUGUCGCUGUUCGCCUCUGCCAGUCGCGGCUGCCUGCGCUCCCUGUCUCUGCACAUCAAGACGUCUUUCUGUGCUCCCGGAGAGUACCUGCUCCGACAGGGCGACGCACUGCAGGCCAUCUUCUUUGUCUGCUCGGGCUCCAUGGAGGUGCUCAAGGACAGCAUGGUGCUGGCCAUCCUGGGCAAGGGGGACCUGAUCGGGGCGAACCUGUCGCUGGACAGCCGCGUGAUCAAGACCAACGCGGACGUGAAAGCGCUGACCUACUGCGACCUGCAGUGCAUCAACCUGAAGGGGCUCUACGAGGUGCUGGACCUCUACCCCGAGUACUCCCACAACUUUGUCCAGGACAUCCAGCAGGACCUCACGUACAACCUGAGGGAGGGCCACGAGGCGCACGUUAAGGCCAGGCUGUCCACAGCUGCUCUAGAUCCGCAGUCAGGGGUGAGAAGGAAUGGGCAGAUUGUUCAAGGCUACCCACCCAUCAUCGAAGAGCGAAAGGAAGAGGAGGAGGACGAGGAGGAGGAGCGGCCCGUGUCUUUGGAACAGAACCGGGGCGUGAGGCACAGCGAGAAGUCUCCGCUGAGGCGACCCGGUGAGAAAUUCAUGGGACAGAGCUCCAGAAGGUCUCAGGGGAAGAUCCAGGAAAUGACCCUCAGCACUUUAGACCCUUCCAGCCUCAGUUCAAGGAUAGUGGAUGGGACUGAAGACAGCGAGGGGAUGGAGACGUUCUCCUACACACACAGUCGCCCCAUCAAAGAACCAACCAGUGCCUCGGCGUCGGCCACAGAUAUGCUGCAGAUCAGCACGGCAGAGCUAGCAGCGAAAGCGGAAGAGACCAGGGGACAACUGAGACACCUCGACCAGCAGGUGAGCACGCUGGGAAGGGAAGUCGCCGACCUCGGUCAAGUCAUGAAGCGGAUGGCUCAGAUCCUGGAGAGCCUCAUGUCGGCGGCGCAGCCACCCGCCGUGGUGUGCCCCGCCCACUCCCCGGCUCACCGCGCCUACCUGUCCCCCUCCCUCCGCCCGCGCUCCCACCCGUCGCCUUCCUCCGCUCAGGGUGCCUCCCUCCACACGCUGCUGCCCUCCCCCGCCGCCGCCCCCCGGGCCCACGUGGACUCUCUGCUACACAGACCCCUGGACCCCCGCCCGGGGCCCUUCCCCGGCUCAGCUCCGCCUUCCAGCCCCAACUCUCCAGCCCCUCGUUUACGGCCCCAUGUUCUGUCGCCGCCGUGGUCGUCUCCCGCCGUCAGAUCGAGGCCACACAGCUCUCCUCCGCAGGACGGGGGCAGCGACGGCCCUCAUCAGAGCUCCAGCUGUUCGCCUCAGUCGCAGCCUGGGCGACCGAAUCCCAACCCAGACCAGAGCUUGUAGCAACCUUUCAAUUUGAACUUUCCAGGACUCUGAACUUUUUCAGGGUCCCUUUUUGGAGAAUCUUGAACUUAGGGUCAAACCUAUCAACUGGAGUCCCCAUUAUGUUACUGGAGGACAUUUUGCAGGGACACAACUCAGAUUCCUUCUGUUUUGUUUCCUUUUGUUGCACGUGUUUUUACGAAAAACUGUUGCAUGAAAGUACAAAGGGAACUGGUGCAUUAGCCGAACCUAUAGAAAUGUAGUGCUGUUGGACACGGCAGAGAGAGGUGGAGGUUCGGGGGCAGCUCUCCCCUCGGCCCUAACACUGAGGUAGAGCAGCGAUGGAGGACACGUGGGGCGGGAGGCGAGGAGCGCCUCUCUGGCUCCCGGCUGCACACAGCUUCCACUGGUGCACGGCUGGUUGGACUGGGAGCGAGGGCUGGUGGGAGAGGACGAGGACGGGACAUAUUGUGCUCUUUACCGCCACCCCUCAGGGAAGAGGGCGAGCGAGAGGAGCUGGUUGUGGAGGUGGUGGUGGGGGGGGGGCAGGGGGUUGUUAUGCCUCAGGCAGCACAGCCCCUGCUGUUGUCUGUCACACCGAGCACAGGGACUCCUUCUCUGUUUUCUUUUCCCCUUCCCCUCCAUGCAUACUGUACCUCUCUCUCUCUCUCUCUCUCUCUCUCUUUCUUUCUCUCUCUCUCUCUCUCUCUCUCUCUUCCUCUCUCCCUCUCUCUCUUUCUCUCCCUCUGUCUCUCUCUCUCUCCCCCUCUGCAUGCCUUUCUGAGCCUUCUGAGUAGUGCCUGUAGACACACAUUAACAUGCUGCAUGUCACCCUGUGGAAAUCCAGCUUGCCAUUUAUAUAUCUAUUUAAAGGAAACAAGGUUCGCUCUUUUAUUAGCUGAACCUGGCAUUUACUGAUGCAUAUUUAUCGAACUCGGGUUCAGUUUUAAAGGAGAAUUAGGCACAAGGUAAUCGCCCCUGUUGUGAAGUUGCCUGGAGCAAACCACCAAUGCAAAAUUGGCCCGUGAUCCAGACGCACGCCCAUUGUCACCCAGGGUUACCGACUCUGGAGAUCCAUUAUCUCAGCUUUUCAGAGUGAACGCAAUAUUCCCACUUAAAAGCACAAUAGGGACUUAAAGACGCUUUUAUAUUUCUAUGAAUGUAUCGAUGCUAAAGAUGUAUUUUUUUACCUCAAAGAGAGUCGAGUGCGUGAAGGUAAGAAAUGAUGCUACUGUGCUGUUCGCUGGUGCCAGCCAAUGCAAUCCUACACCAGGUCAAAGGUCACAACUCUGCCCGACAGGUCAACUGCCGUCUAUCAAAUUCACGUCGUUUGCAAAUGGAAUGUACUGUAAUCAAAAUCUUUUUUUUCCCUUAACAUUUUGAUAUUUAUUAGAUACAAAAACUGUUAUGCUAAUAAACUACAAAUAUGACUGUUA